AUGGACAACCACCACAAUGCAGUCCACGAUGCAGUUUACGACGGGCAGUAUGGCGCUGGCGAUGAAUUCACACCAGACGAAGCCCCUCCGCCAUACUCGUUGCUCCCGGAGCCCGGUUUAACCCAGAACGAGACCGAUGAUGACCCGUCGGCUCGAAUGCCCAAGCCAUGUGUCGUUCCUCAAACUGCGCAGACAUAUCACGGAAGCAUCUAUCGUCCAUUUGCACGCGCGUACUCGCCCGAUCUCCUCCCUCACGGCAUCACUCGCUCCGAUUUCAUCGCUUUCGUCGACGGUCUGAACGAAGUCUGGUUAGCCGAUCCGUACCUGCAAGCUAUAAGCGUGUCUGGGAAUGUGUUGAAUUUCAUGCCGCUGCUGGAAACGCAAAUUGUCGGGCUGGGUGUUACGGUCGCGGCGGAAUAUGGGUCCAUCAAGCUGUCGCAAAUGCGCACCGAAGCGUACCUGCGACUAGCCAAUACAGAACUGUUCAAACCCAAGGGACUCCGCGUGCAGAUCCUGAAAACAUGGGAGAUGAUGCACACGGCUGGAAUUCCACGGACUGUGCUGCAGCUUCGGCCUGUCGGGGAAGAUGAGCGGUUUGAGGAUCUGGACGACACAGACACUGAAAAGGGCCAAGAGAGGAGAUACGAUCCGCAGCUACGACGAAUGGAAGCGUUGAAAGACUACGUGAUGCCCUUGACAUUCGACCCCGGGAGACCGUUAUCGGACAACUGGUUGAAGCAAGCGUCAGAGAAGCAGGAGCGAUUCUUCUCGGAGAGGCAGAACAGUAUAAUCCGGGGGAAACGGGAGAAGGCGGCCAAACAAGUUAGUGAAGCCGAGUCGGCUGAAAGGAAACUCAAUCGGCAAGCCGACGAGUUGGAAUCGGCCAAGGCAAAAGCUUCUGCCCGGGCGGCCGAACGGCUGUCGGGUCCUCUGGGCGAGUCAAAUCAAGGUCAGCUCUGGAUUCAAGAAGAUUUGGAAAAGGAAUUGAAGAAGUUAGACAAGCAAUUACAGCGAGUUAGCCGAGAGAGGGAGAAGAAGGUUACGCGUAAAGUCCAACAAAGUGAACGGCGUCUGCACCGGGUGGAAAAGCGCGAGCAUCGGAUUGCACAGAAAGUGAUGUGGAUAGUGGUUUCAGCGGAUGAUGGGACUGGCUUUGAGAACCAUCUCAUGGAGCACACCACUUAUAUGGAAUGA